GGAACCCCUGCUCUCCACCAGCCGCUGGGAGAACCCCUGCAGUACCACACGCGGCCGCGGCGGCGCCAGUGAGCCCCCUUCCUCCACACACACACACACACAGACACACAGACGCACACACCGCUCCGCUAAAGAUGUGAAAAUGGCGGAGCUACAAAUGCUUCUGGAAGAGGAGAUUCCAGCAGGACGAAGCGCACUACUGGACAGUUUCACCAAUUUGGAAAGAGUCGCGGAGUACUGCGAGAGCAACUAUGUCCAGUCUCCAGACAAGCAGAGGGCGUUGGAGGAGACCAAGAACUACACCACCCAGUCUCUGGCCAGCGUAGCCUACCUGAUCAACACGUUGGCCAACAAUGUCCUGCAGAUGCUGGACAUCCAGGCCUCACAGCUCCGCCGCAUGGAGUCCUCCAUCAACCACAUCUCACAGACGGUGGACAUCCACAAAGAGAAGGUAGCACGGCGGGAGAUCGGCAUCCUCACCACCAACAAGAACACAUCCCGCACACACAAGAUCAUCGCCCCAGCCAAUCCCGAGAGGCCUGUGCGCUACAUCCGCAAGCCCAUCGACUACAGCCUGCUAGACGACAUGGGCCACGGAGUCAAGGCCAGUGCUCAGAACAUGAAGGCUGGAGGAGGCGGACUCCCUCGCACCAACCCCCCCACACAGAAGCCCCCCAGCCCGCCCAUGACAGGCAAAGGGACCCUUGGGCGCCACUCCCCCUAUAGGACGCUUGAGCCGGUGCGUCCACCCGUUGUCCCUAACGACUACGUCUCGAGCCCGACGCGCAACAUGGCGCACCCCCAGCAGAGCCCUGCACGCACUGCAUCCGUUAAUCAGAGGAACCGCACGUACAGCAGUGGGAGCAGCGGAGGCAGCCACCCCAGCAGCAGUCGCAGCAGCAGCCGAGAGAACAGCGGCAGCGGCAGUGUGGGCGUCCCCAUUGCUGUGCCGACCCCAGCCCCGCCCACCGCCUUCCCAGGUUCAGCCCCUGCCCCAACCAACCCAGCUAAACCUUCCCCCAACACCGCCACCCCUGCCGCUACCCCUGGGCCACCCACAUCUGCUCUAGACAGCCCCCCACAGGCCCCCAACCCCCCUUUAGAGAUCCCUCCUGUACCCCCACCCCCUCCCCAGCUCCCCGCCUCUGCGGCCCCCGCUGGCACAGGCCCCGCUACUUACGGCAACCCUGCACAAGGUGCUCCUCAGUUCUACAGCAUGAACCGCCCGGCGCAGCAACCCCAAAACCCCCAGGUGGGGGGCUCCCUGCCGUAUCGCCGACCCUCGUCUGUCACAGGUCAGCCCAACAUGGCCCACAACCAGAGCCAGCUCAACGGUGGACCACACUUCGCCCAGAACCAAGCAGGCCCGCUCGCACCCCCUCCCCCCUCCAUGCAGAUCACCCCUCAGCUGCCUCUGAUGGGCUUUGUGGCCCGAGUUCAGGAGACUAUCUCAGACGUGCCGCCCCCACCACCUCCUGCCGAAGAGCCGGUGUUUGAGGAGCCUACACCUCCGCCGCCGCCGCCGGAGGACUAUGAGGAUGAUGAGGAUGAAGAGGAGUCGGCGGUGGUGGAGUACAGCGACCCCUACGCCGAGGAGGACCCGCCCUGGGCCCCACGCAACUACCUGGAGAAAGUGGUGGCCAUCUACGACUACGCUCGCGACAAAGACGACGAGCUUUCUUUCCAGGAGGGCGCCAUCAUCUAUGUGAUAAAGAAGAACGACGACGGCUGGUUCGAGGGCGUGAUGAACGGGACCACAGGCCUCUUCCCUGGCAACUACGUCGAGUCCAUCAUGCACUACGCCGACUGAACAAUCCCCCCUCCGAGUGGACGAGGAAGAGGAGCGGGAGGAGCGUUUGAUGGGGGAGGGGAGGGGAGCUGAGGGUUAAAGGUCAAAGACUUUAAUCAGACAGAGUUUGAUCACCUCCAGGCGAAUAGAGAAAAAAGGGGCGAGUGAGAGAGGAAGCAGUUUUUAAAGAAGUUGCAACAUGACAAACUGAUGCCCAGUCAUUUUCUCGACAUAGUCGCCGUUGUAAAACAACCACUACUCUAGAUAUAUCCUUCCCUGUAAUAUUUCUUUCUUUGUUUCUUUAUUUGACUGAGGAGAACUGGACGGUGAUGGAGUUACGUAUUUUGAGAGUUUUGUGUUACAUUAUGAGGCCACUACAUUGAUUUUGCUUCUUUCUGAUUUUACCAAUUUUCCCUUAUUUUAAACAAUAUUUAUUUUGAUUUUGUAGUGGGAUAAAUGCUGAGCAGGUAGAUGGGGCUGCUGAGAGGGGUUUAGUCGGGGAUGACCAUGUCGCAGCCUCAGGAGAAAGGGCUGGAGGAGAAUAUCUUCAUUUGUAGAUUUUCUCCUUAACACUCCAGAGACAUUUUAGAGAAAAAUACUCCUCUCUGUAUUUAAAGUGUGAUGCAACAACAAUAUCCUCGGUGGGAAAAAAUAGUAGUUUCUGUACUUGACAAAACCUUUAGUUAGGUAACUCAGCAGGGAGUGUGCCAAAGCUGACAUUUACUAAGAUAAGCACAUCAAAUGUCUUAAGGUGACACACAGGGAGCUAGAUAAAAGUGGGUCAGAAAAGACCUCUGAAAGCAAACAGAAAGCCCCAGGAGUGCUUUAAAUCCAGAAUUUUCCUUAUUUUUUUCAAAGUUUAUUUAAUUAUUUGAAAUGUUUUGCGCCACGCAAGUCCGAGGUUGAACUCGAAGGGGGCGAGUUUAGUCACUACAUGCUUCACUCUGCUGGCCAUUGUGCAUUGUUCGAGUGAAGGAAUCUUCAUCCAGCCCUCAAAUAAGAGAGGAAAGCGAGAGAUCCUCAAUUGCACAAUGACCUGGAUUUUGAGGUCUUAGUCUGCAGCUCCUCACAUGAAUAAUAGAAGAAAUAUAUUAGCUCAACUGGCGCACUAAUCGUUUGCAGUGUUCAUAUGCAUUCGAGACGAAGAUUUUUUUUUUUUUUUUUAAACAUUAUUUUUGGCGUUGUACCAAGGGGUCCAGAAUCGAGUUUUGCUUGCAGAGGAGCAAACUGCAUGUUUCAACGAGGGGGAAAAAAACUUUUCUUUUCUGCUCUACUGAUGAUUAAUGUCUUAAUAUUUUUAGAUAUGGUGUGGUUUGGUUUUUGAUAUUCACCCACAACAACAACGAUGCAUUUAGGUCAUUUCUAAGAUGCUUGUGCCAUAUUGAAGUGUGUGUUGCUGUUCAGAGGUUAUCACUUCAUUUGCAAUAAAUUGGCCAGAGUGGGGUGGAUUGUCGUUGAACUGCAAAUCUUCAUUUUCUUUUUUUUCAUCAGUUUUCCCAAAUUAUUUUAAAUCAAAAGCACAUACAUUUGUAGUACAAAAGGUGUAGAAGAAGAAAUAAUAUAAAUGUGAGAUGUACCAUGUCCUCAAAACAGGACUUACUGAAUAUGAAAAGAAGCCAACUGUUGUGUUGAAAUGGUUUUAACCGUCGCAAGCCCCCGAUACUUCCUUUUGAAAUAAAUUUAAAAAUAAAUAAUAAUAAAUUAAAAAAAAAAAAAAGGCAUCAGUUUCGGCAUCGUUCGUCCUCCGUACAGUUUCCAAUACGCUUGGCUGUUGGGUGUUUGCGAGGGCUCAGUGCUUGUACUUAUGUCAGAAUCUUUAUUUUCUAUUAAAAAAAAAAAAAAAGAAAUAAUAAGUGGGUCUGUAUGUGAGUCUUGCAUGCCAUUGUUUUUAUCUGUACUGGUGUCCCAAAAACCUACGUGGCGAGAUCACCCAUUCUUAAAAAGACAAACAGCCUCGCAGCUCUGACCAGGUACCACCAGCCUCAUCCAAAGAGACUGUACAACUUUACUUCAAGCCCACGUCCGAGGAGUCGCUCUCUGACCUGUGUGGGAGGAUGGAGGGGAGGAACCCGGCUUCCUCCCCCUCGACAGUAGCCGUCAUUACGUCACUGGUGAAAAAUCCUGUGCGUAAGCUGCUAGUGAAUCCUGCGGACAAAGAAACCCGACAGGCGGGAGGGAGAUGAAUGACUGAUGAUAAAUGCAACGCUCAAGAUCACUUGCAAAGCUUGGCUCUUGUUUUAUAACACUCUUAGAAAAAAAAUCCCAAAUUAGGCCCUUGGUCUGCAGGAUUCACAGCCCCUGGAGUCACAGACGUCCCUCGGGAUGUCAAGUUUAACAGUCCAUAAUGCCAUUGUGUUGCACAGUUAAAGUUGAAUUGCAGAAGUGUCAUAUUUGUAAAAUCAUGAGAACAAAAACAAUAAAAUUAUUAAGAUUUA